CAAAAGCAGACAGCUGUAGCGCUCUUAUAUGCCACUAAACUCACCAAAAAGCCUUUCGAAGCCUUUGUCAGUUGAUACAAAGGACUCAGACAGUACGCAUCAUGGCCAUCAAACUAAAGAAACAACUCGGGGUGGUUGAUGGAAUUAGCUAUGUGACCGGAUCUAUCAUUGGAUCCGGAAUAUUUAUAAGUCCGUCUCCGAUUUUAGCUGGAGCUGGUUCCUCUCCUGGAUUGGCUCUUUGUGUUUGGCUUACAUGCGGGGUGUGGGCCGUACUGGGAUCACUCUGCAUAGCAGAGCUAGUCAUCCGAGUACGGAAGUCUGGGGGACUGUACACAAUCAUCCAUGAAGCGUUUGGCGAAAACGUGUCUUUCGUCAGCCUAUGGUUGAGCGAAUUUAUCCUGAGACCAAUGUCCAUCGUUGUGUCCUCGCUAGCCGCCGGGACGUAUAUACUUCGACCUGUGUUCCUCGAUUGUCCCGACGAGGCUCCAACAGCGGCCAUUAAACUCUUCGGGCUUACUGCUAUGGUUUCCUAUCUGGCCCUUAACUGCUAUAGCAUAAGGAUAACCGCCUAUAUACAGACAGCAGUCACGAUUACAAAAGUCCUGGCCUUGGUUCUCAUAUCUACAUUUGGACUUAUCGCCAUAGGAAGAGGUGACACAGAGAAUCUUCGCGAUCCGUUUAAAACAACCGACUUGACUGCUGGUGGUCUUGUUUUUGCUUUUUAUGUGGGAACAUACGCAUUUAAUGGCGGAGACACAAUAGCCUAUGCCUACGAGGAAUACGUAAACCCUAAAAGGUAGGUAGACCACUAGAGGUACGCGUGUUGUUUACUGAAAUGUACUAACGGAGGAUGACAACAUUCUCGAUAGGUAGGUAGACCACCAGAGGUACGCGUGUUGUUUACUG